UUUAUGCUAAACCUUAUCAAACCACUUUCCUCCGACCUAACUUCUGGUCCAUAAAACACCAGGCAAGCAGGCCACCUCUCACUGACCUCUCUCUGAUCUCUCUCUUUGAAUGGCCAACAUAUCAGAGCUCUCAUCAACGGCGUCAUCGUCGUCGUCUUCAUCGUCGCCAGGACAAAGUUCUUCCUCAUUGACCUGCAGUACUCCAAGCAUUCAAAUGGUCUCGAAAUCGGUAUCCGAAAGGCUUCUCGGGAAGUUCUUUGAUGCAUCGCAAUAUGAUUUUGAUUAUGAGCAAAGUGGUCUGUGGUCUCCCCCGAUUCCGAGAACGGUUUUCUUGGUAUCUGCGGGUAAUGUUUGCUCUCAGGAGGAGUUUUUCUCCAAGCUUAAGAAAGCAAAGAAGCCAUGGAGAAAGCGCAUUGCUUGUUUUUGUGCCCUUUGGUGGUGUUAAACUAAAGACAACAUUGAUUGUGGGAAGCUUAAUCUCCUUUGACAAAGGUAUGUUUUGUCUCAAUUAAGUUGCCAUCCCCAUGCCAUGCCAUUGGAAAAGCGUAAGGACUACACUUCCCCAGCUCCUCACCAGUCAAAAAAAAGGUCUCAACUCAAAAACCAAUAUAAAAAAACCCUUCAUGUAUACAAAUUUCUAUGUGUAUUUCUUCAAUGAAAAUUUAUACUAUAAUGUGAUGCUCAUCAGGCAAGUCAAUUUUUGAUUAAACUGUAUGGGUUAAUAUGUCUAUUCUGUAA